GUUUUCUUUUAAAGCACAUAAUGUCCCUUAAAAAGCCAGCUUAUGAUUUCCUUAACGAAUUAAUGCAAAAAUGGCAACAACUUCAACUAGUUCCCAACGUAUUUGCCUAUAAAUUGGAAGUAACACAAAGCAAAUAUUUGCCCGGAAAAUAUAAGUUCUAUUCAGAGUUUAAUCCCAAACGUAGUGCCUUACGGAGACCGCCACAAACUAUACUGUCUUUGGAUCCACAAUUCGAUGAAGAAAAAUUCAAUUUCAAAAAAGUGGCAGCCGCCGAAAUCCUAAUGAAACUUAAAUUUGAGGAAGAUACGGAAAUCUCGUUUAUCAUUAAUAACAGUCCAGUGACAAAAUAUAACACAUUAAUAUGUCCCAAUGUUCGAAGGGGUUUGCCUCAACGUAUCACAUUGGACGCUUUAAGAUUUUGUGUUGAUUUUUUGCUGUCUUUGGAGGGUAACCGUCAGUUUCGAAUUGGUUAUAAUAGUCCGGGAGCGUUGGCGUCAGUGAAUCAUUUGCAUCUGCAUUUGAUGUGCAUUGAGAAGGAAUUGUAUAUAGAUCAUGCGAAAUUACAACAUCUUUCCGAUCCAGACAUUUAUCGUCUAGACCCUAGUAUGCCCACAGAGGCCAUAUGCUUUAUGAUCGAUACACAUGAUUCGAAAACCAAAAUUGAACUAAAACUAAAUGAACUCUAUAAAUUCCUAAUAUGGCUGUGUGAUAACAAUAUACCCUACAAUGUAUUUAUGACACCAGUGCUGCCGGAGAAACAUGCAGUCCAACAGAAAUUAAAAGUCUUUGUUUACGCAAGAGCACAGCAUUGUAUUGUUAAACAAUUGAAUAACAUAAAUCUAGGAUUUUGUGAACUAUCAGGUUUUGUGCCAGUAGGAGCGAAUGAUCUUUAUAACAACCUAACGGAGCUAGAUAUAAUCACAAAAAUAACUAACGAAACUGGUCAAGUUUUUAAUAAGAUUUAUAAAUAUUUUAAACAUAACAAGUUAAGUUAAUGUACAUUUAUUACAAAAAUAAAAUUAUAAAAUAUAAAAUGAAUUGAAUUGAAUACACAUUAA